ACUACAGAAGGUUUGCCUUCCAACCACUCCAGAAGAGAGGAUAAACUGUAACGGGACUGCAUAACACAUUUUGUUACUAUGAAUUCGUCAUUAUUAUUGGUACUUUGCGUUGGGUUUUCAGCGCUGUUAGGCGCCCGUGGAGCUCCGGCGCCGUCAGCUGAUGAGGUGAAAUACACGAAGUGUAAAGCGUUGUCUAUCAAACUCAAUGAGAUGGCCAGAGAUUUAUACAACAAGGUGGAGUCUCCAAAAAUUGCAAUUAUCAUUGAUGAGCCUCCAGUGUCUAUAAGACCAAUUGACACAUGUGACCCCUGGAGCCUUCAAAACAACAAAGAGACUUGCCAAUCAAGAAUUAUUCUGGCUCUGAAAAACUACACCAGAAUUUUCCACAAGGAUGGUGUGUUUAAGAAUUCAGCUUGCAGUAACUGGACAAAGGAGGCUAACAAUAUCGCCAACGUUACUGGAGACCUCCUGCGGGUGCUUAAGGAACCGGUGGUGGACGCUCCUUUGACUGCAGUAGGCUGGCACGUCAACGCUCUGUGCCGGGACAGUGUGGAAAGGCUCUACUCCUUCUCUAUCAUAUCUGCACGCGUCUUCUCUUUCCUGGCAUCCCUAGUAGCUCCUACAGUUGAGAUGAAACAGUGUUAGAUUGAGAGGAAAGAGAGAGUUGUGUACAUGUUAGUCGUGAUCACGUUGGUCAAAAUGUUCAAACAGCUUUUGCUGCUUCUACAAAGGUUCUCCUGUGUUAUAAUAACAUGGAUUAAAUUCAUUUUUACUCAAGAGUUAAAUUAACAUUAAGAAUUCAUGUGUGACAUGAGGUGAUAUAUUUAUAUAACUAUUUAUUGUGUUCUUAUUUAUUUCCGUAUUUAUUGUACACUAAUUUUAUGUAACUUCCAAGAAGGUGUGUAAUUUAUAACUAAUAAAUAUAUGAACAAGUAUUUCAGAACUCUGUA